GAUGGUCACUCCUGACCAGAGAGACGCAACAAUAUAGCAAUUCUGAACUUGGCUCGAGUGUUUUUCAGCACGGAUUGAUAAUAUGCCGUAGGUGCGGCCCAGCGCGGAUCAUCAGCAGCAGCAGCGAUGGCCUACAUCAACAUCGCCGAGUGGACGCCCGACCAGGUCACCGACUGGAUCAAAGGUCUGGACGAGUCUAUGAAAGGGUAUUUGUACGAGUUCUCCAAGCAGGAGAUCGGCGGACGGGCGUUGCUCAACAUACGGCCAUACGAGCUGGAGAAUCUGGGCAUGCUGCGCAUUGGCCAUCAGGAGAUCGUGCUGGAGGCGGUGGAGAACUUAAGGAACUUUCAUUAUCACCUGAAAAAUGACAAUCUGCAGUUCAUGGCCUUGCAUGUGGCCACGGCGGCCAAAAAUCUGCAUCGCGAACUGGCCAGGAAUCAUGCGGAGAGCACCAAGAUCGAUACCCGGAUACUGCACGAUAUUACCAGGACGAUAGCCACUCUAAAACCAUUGGUGGGCAGCCUGGAGCGAACACCGUUCCGUAAGCAGGAGAUGUACCGCGAGUAUUGUGGCAAUGUGCUCAAAUGCGGCCUGGAGCUGGCCACAAUUGCCCAUCGGGAUCGUUUUGCACUGCAGCCGGUGCCAGCGAUUCGACAGUCGGCGGAACGGCUCGAGAAUCUUGCCAACUUUGUGAUCCAGGACAUAUCUGAUCCCAUGGUACUGCAGCCUGCCUCCCUGAACCUUGUCACCCUAAAAAAACGCGAAUCCGAGUUGGGUUUCAACAUAGAGUCCAGUUAUAAUGGCAUUCACCGCGUCACGGAUAUCAAGUACAACUCACCAGCUCACAAUUCCGGAAAAAUCGAAGAUGGCGACGAGAUUGUGCAGAUCAACUAUCAGACUGUGGUGGGAUGGCAGCAUCGCACAGUGCUGGAGCAUCUGAGGGAAGCGCUUCCAGAUGUGGUGCUGACGGUGAAGAAGCGGCCCAAGCACACGAAGAUGUUUGGACAGAUCUAUAUGCAGCCGUACAGGUUGCCCAGCAAGAAGAGGAACAUGGCCGCUCGCUGGGCGGCACAGAUGCCAAGUCCACGCUCUGCCUUUUUAACCCUGGACACGGAGCAACUGGCAACGGGAGGAACAGGAAGCACCGUGCCAGAUCCCAGUAAAUCCCUAAGCAGUGAGAAAAGAGAGGUGCUUACCAAGGUCAAUCCAGUGUCCUCUGCCUCAGAUUCAGACUCCAGCUGCAGUGAUAUUCCAACACCCACGGAUCCCAAGUUAGCCGCACGGGAGAUCCGAUUGUAUUACCCAAAGCCAAGAGCUUUGCUUCAACGAAGAAACACUAUUUGUGGAUGCGAGUAUCUCAGCCUGAAAAACUCGGAUCUAGUCGUUCCAUCGUGGCACGAAAGGAAGCCAGGAGUUGGUUCGCCCGCCAACUGCGAUCCUGGUUCGCCCAGCAUUCGUGAUAAGUCGAUAUCCUUUGGUUAUGGUCUAGAGAUGACCGCAAGGCCCACCACUUGUAUCGGAAUUGCGGGCGAUACCUCCACGGACAAGGCCAGGCGAAUGUUUCAUGAGGUGAGAAAACUAAAGCAGCUGACGGAGGACUCGCAGCGCGAAUUCCUCGUGGAUCGUUACAAGCCGGGAGUCAGCAAAGUAGUUCGAUUCGACGCCAAGGAAGAUUAUGUGAUGAAGAAUGAAAAGUUUAUCUGCAACGUUGAGAAUACCAUACUGGAGACCUUUGAACCAAUUCCCUUUGCGGAUGAGGGAGACGAGGAUGCCUUGGAAACGCUGCGCAACUGCAAAACAGAAAACGCCGAGGAGCUGCUAGAGGCAAUAAAUCUGGCGACCAGAGGUCAGGAUUUGCCCCUGGCCGAGGCCAUUAAUAUGCCUUUGCUGCAGCAGGGUCGAAGGGGGCGAUUGGACAAGAGUCAUAGUACUCCGGCAUACGACAAUUCUGGUGAGGAAUCGGAUACGCCGCCAGCGAUUGAGCCAAGAAAGGAGUUUCUGCUCGUCACACCUCCAGCACCGCCGCCGCGACCUCGCAAGCAGAGGGAAAUGACGCCACCGGCGGUGCCCCCACCUCCACCAAAACCAGCUAGCAUGCAACCGGCUAGUAGUGUCACUAGUAUCUCCAUUCCCGUGCCAGUACCUGUGCCAGCCGCAGUCGAUCCCUCGGAGAUCAGUGAGCUGCAUACGCCCAGUAAAUCCCGCACUCUGACCCUUAAAAAGAAGCACAGCUUAAUGGCCAAGCGGCGGAACACAAAUCUCAAGCUGUUGGGCACUGGCGACAUCCAAGGUCAUCUGUACAGGCGCAAAAAAAAUCAUCGCGGUGUAACUUACUGGGCAAGGAUCUAUUUCGUGAUGCUGGAUACAAUACUGUACGGAUUUCGCAGUAAGCAGAGUACCAGUGCCAGCUUGGUAAUCUUUUUGCCUGGCUUUACGGUUUCAUUGGCAAAAGAAGUGCACUCCAAGCCGCAUGCCUUUAAAGUUUACCACACGGCCAAGAGCUUCUACUUUGCGGCCGAGUCGCUGGACGCACUUAACCAGUGGGUGGACUUCUUGCGCCAGGCUUCGCUCAAAGUGCCGCCAAGUACGGGUUCAAAAGGCGGCGGUGAUGCAAAGGACUUGUAUUCGGAGAACGAUAGCUCUGGCGAGGAAUGCGAUGCCCUUGUGAUCCAGAAUCUGAGCACGCCCUCGCCGCAGGGCAAUAAGGAGUCAAUGUCCAUGUCGAUGACACUAUCUGGCGGAACGCCGCCUUCCUCUGCACCCAUUAAGCACGAACGGGGCUAUUUGGACUCGUUUCGCAAGUUUACGAAUACAUUCAAGAGCAGUGCAGCCAAACCGUCGAGCGACAUCCCUGUGCCAACGGAACAGUACCGCAGCUAUAGGAAGGUGCCAGGCGGUAGUUUUGGUAUCCAGAUUGGUGCCAAUACCCCGGGCUACCAUGAUCCCGCCAUGCCGCCUACACAGAUUCCACCUUUGGUGGGUCCCAAGCUAUCGCGUAGCUCCAGUAGAAGUUCGGUGGUUAGUGGAACCGAGUCUGCCGUAUCAUUAUCUGCUUCGAUUCUGGGUCCGCCCGCCUCCCCAGCGCCGACGCCUACAGCCACUCCCACCUCGCUGCAGCAUCAGAGCUCCGAGGAGAGUCCAAGUCAGAGCCAGAGCCAGAGUCCCAGUAGCAAGUCGAGUUUGAAGAAGGCACCAUUCAACUUCUUGCACGCCUCAAAUCCGAAUUUGGUGGAAUUCGAUUUCCAUACCUCGAAAACACUACUCCCCAAGAUGAGUGUGGGCAAUACCCUGGACCAUGGUCACAACAUACAAGGCUUUGUGACGCUUAAGGAUCUGAUGCUGCGCAAACAGGAAGAGGAGGCCCAGGAGAUGUACAACAAUCGAGUGCACUUGGGAGUGGAAAAGCACAAGCAUGCACGCACGGAAUCCACGGCCAGUCAGCAGAGCGCCAUGAGCAGCAGCGUGACAAAGCCGCUGGAGAAGCUGCCCAAGAUCCAGAGCGUGAGUCUGCCCAAAACGCCCGACUACGAGAUUAGUUUCAAGCCUGACGACGAGAGUAUUAAGAGAACUAGAACUAAGGAAGGCCAGAAGUUGCGCGACUUUGGCUACGAGCUGAUAUGCGGGGAUGAGCCGAGCACCAGCUCUAGCAGCCGACAAGAGCAUCAUCACCAUCAUCAUCAACACCACCUGCAGCAUGUGCAACAGCUGCAGCAGCAUCAACAGCAUCAGCAGUCGCAGCAGCAACACAGCAGCAAGGCCAAGCACUUCUUGCGCUCCCAGCAGUUACAGCUCUCCAGUUUCCUGCACAAGACCAGCAGCGGCGGCAGCGGCAAGACUUCCGGAUCCGGUGCGGAUCAGAAGAAGUCCAAGGGAAAAUCGAGCAGCGAUCGCCGGUUUCCCUUCUCGAAGCACUCAACUGGCUCCACGGGCAGCGGCUGUACACCGGGUCAUGCGAUGACUAUGACGCUGCCGCUGAACAAGAAGUCCAAAUCGAAUCACGCCUUAGAUGGAGCCGUGAGCAAUGGAGUAGCCAUCACUGGCAGUGGCAGCAGCAUCAAGAAAAGCCAGACGUACAAUCAGGAUUUGCGAGACAAGAUAGUGGGCACCAAGUACGAUGCGCAUCGCAAGAACUCGGCACCGAUACCGAUCUUUUCGAAGCUCUCCAUAUCGGGCGGCACGCCGGCGAAGCCUUCCAAGGAGAAUCGCUUCCUGGGCUCACCGCUGCUGCAUCGCACACUGUUCGGGCACCAUCAUCAUCAGCAGCAGACAGUUACGCCACCAAGCAGUGCGGAUCCUGAUUGCGAUCAGGAGAUCUUCUCCCAGAUCACCUUGCCCACGCACAAUCAGGCGGGCUAUAGAAGUUACCGGGGACCAGGCAUUAUAACCACCUCGACCACUAAUUUGUGCUCGUCGGAGGGCUUGCAACCGCCGCUGCCGCCAGCACCACCGCCUCCCGUCAACGCCAGCAGACCAAGAGAGGAGGAGCCAGCGGAGGCAACGAUAUCAGAGAGUGCAGCCACUCCAAAAGUGUCCAGUUCGGGCUCGGUGGAUUCGAAAGCGGCAACGCCGGACUACCCAAAUAUGGAGUGCCCGCCUGUCUUUGAGCCGGAAAUUUACUCGCUCAGCGAUACCAGCUUGUCCCGCAUCAUGAUGCGGACGCCCAGCAGUAGUGGUGGCACCAGUGUCACCGCCACCGCCACCGCUACCGCCAGCACCAACAACAACAAUAAUAAUAACACCAACAACAACACCAACAGCAGUCCCAGUGGCGGCGAACACCAUCAGACAUAGAUGUGUGAUGAAAACUAUUGUGAAUGCUCUCGGGGAUUAGCCCCCGUUUACUUAUGUAUUUAUACACACGCAUAUAGAGAUAUAUAUAUAUUAUAUAUAGCGAUAUUCUCGUACGAUAUAGGUAUACAACUUGUUCAUUUUGAUCGUCUUCCCUGUCUGUCCACCAGCAACAAAACACACGCAUACCUGCAAUCCCUUCGAUUCGAAACCCACUUAGAUGUAAAUGUUUAAUCUGCCUUAUUUGCAUUGUAUUUCGGUUCUAGGCAAAAUGUUUUACACAUGUAUUCACGCAAGCAAAAUAAUUAAUAAUGAAUUAUAGCGAAAAUGAAGAGAAAACUUUAGAAGUCUGUGCAUCGAACAAAGACAGUUCUUUAUGAUUUGCCUUUGUACGCGAUUAACCAAGUUAAUCCGAGCUGUUUGAUUUGCUCAACAGUUUGUGUCUAGAUUGCGUGUAUUAUACGUACAUAUAUUAUAAUGCGAAAAGAGAUAUUAUUGUAGCGGCAUCCAGCGACACCAAUGGAGCCACAAAUGUUGUAGCAAAUACAAGAAAUAUAUAUACACAAUUACACGAAAUAUACAUGCAUACGAAUAAAGUCAACUGUAUAUAAUGAUA